CGCGGGCUGCGGGGCGCGGGCGGCGGGGCCGGAGAUGAACGGAGCCCACGGCUGGGUCGCCCCGGUGGAUGCGCAGCCCCACAGCGCGCUGUCCGAGUGGUCCAGUGCCAUGGUUUCCGGCCGGCUGGGGGGCGGCCACGCUCUGGCCUCGGAGCGCGUCCAGUCCAACGAUGGACAUGAGGAGAUCAUCAAGGUGUACCUCAAGGGCAAGGUUAGAGAAAAGUUGGUCCACGAGAAGAAUAUCGAUCAGCUGAAGAGCGAGGUCCAGUACAUCCAGGAGCGAAUCCCUCUCCCCCAGGCCAGGAGCUGCCUGCAGAAGCUGCGUGAGGACAUAAGCAGCAAGCUGGAGGAAAGCCCCAGUGAGUGUACACAGGUGGAGGACCUGGGGGAAGACACAGAGACCCUCCGGAUGGCGGCCAGAACGUUACUCGCUCAGCUGGAGGAGGCGGAACGGAGGCAUCAGGCUGACAGGCUGACGUUUGAGGCCACGCUGAGCCGCUACCAGCGGGAGGCAGAGGAAGGCGCGGCGGCGCUGCACAGGGCCCAGGACGGCAGCGAGGGGUGCCACCUGGAGAUCCGCGGGCUCAGGCAGCGCCUGGCGGAGAUGGAGGAGGAGCGGCAGCGCCUCAUGGCAAAAGUGCAGGAGGGCGAGCAGGCCCUGGAAGAGCUGCGUGGCCACAGCGUCCAGAACCGGGCCGAGCUGGAAAGGGCGACCACACUGGAGCAGGAGGUGUCCGGCCUUCGGGAGAAGAUCCACCACCUGGACGACAUGCUGAAGAGCCAGCAGCGCAAAGUCCGCCAGAUGAUCGAGCAGCUCCAGAACUCUAAAGCCGUGAUUCAGACGCGGGACGCCACCAUCCAGGAGCUGAAGGAGAAAGUGGCAUACCUGGAAGCGGAGAACCUGGAGAUGUAUGAGCGGCUGGAGCACCUGAUUGAGAAGCAAGCGGGCACCACCACCGGCUCCUUCAGCAUGCAGACUCGGGCCAAGAUCGGGCACCCGAGCAGCAUCCGAAUAGCCAAGCCCCCCGGCCCGAAGCCCCUCCCCCUGAUUCGCGUGGUGGAGACUUGAGGGCCACCGGGACCCCGACACUAGGAUUACUCAGCGUUGACUCUUGACCUGCGGCUGCCCACCCCCCCGCCCGCCUGCCCCUUCCCGCCCCGCUCUUCUGGACGGACAGUGGGAGGCGAGACCGCCACUCAUCGCCCCAGGGGCCCAGACCCCUCCCUCUCUCCCCCUUUCCCGCCGGGCACCCCGCUGGCCGACGGCAGUGCGGGGAGCGGUCCGGACCCCCCGCGCGCACACGGCCUCGGACCGGUGUCUUCUCCGCUGCCCCCCUCCUCCGGCCUCAGACAAAGCCGGGAUUGAGAUGACGGGGCACCGCCGACCGGGCUUACUUUGCUGCUACGUUAUCCUGGGGAGGGGGCUCGAGGGGAGGGCCGGCCCCGACUCCAAGAUGAUGCGCCCACCCCUCCUUCCGGCCAGAGAUCCGAAGUUCAGCUGUCCCCUAACAGAUCGUGAUUCUGGGGGUGGGGACCCCAGUCUGGUUUCUGAGGGUCCUUUCCCUCCCCCGACCCCCCCACACCCUUACCCCUGACUUUUCCCCCACUGCCCCAGCCCGGACCACCCACCACCCCGCGCGUCCUCCCCCUCCAUCCCUGACUGUCCCCCAGUGACCCAGCAUGGACCACCCUUAUUCGGAUGACGGCUGGGGGCGGUGGGUGGGCGUGGGAAGGGCAGAUACAGCAGCCUGAAUCCAAAGACCCACGAGUCCUGGCCUUGGACAUUGGCCCGUGGGUGUUAUCUGUCCAUCUGCAAGUCUGUGUGGAUUCCGUGUGUGUGCGAGUGUGUCUGCGUGUAUAUGUAGCUAAGGGUGGGUGUGGGGGUCCCACCCCCAAACCUCUUUUGGGGUUACCGUGCCUUCACACCUCCCCGUGCCCCCUCAACAACUGGAAACCUCUAGAUUGUAAGCUCAUUAUGGGCAGGACACGUGUCUACCGUAUCUGUUGUAUUCUUCCAAGCGUUUAGUACAGCGCUCUGCACCCAAUAAGUGCUCAAUAAAUACCAAUCACCUUGGCACCCUCGCCUUGUGACCACCAGGAGGCACCCUCACGGACUGCUGCCGGGGAUCGGGGCAGCUCAGUGCAGUGGGAGGGAUUUAAGUUGGACUGAAAGAGCCAGACCCCAUGAGGUGGGGCCAGGGCGGUAGGGGUUGUCAGAAUCAUUCCUAAAUCCUGGAAACUGGAGAAAGGGUAAAGAUAAACUGUUCGAAUGUGUC